AUGCUGGUGACGGUGCGAAAUUCGGAGCCCCAGCACCUUUUGGUGGACUGUGGCAAGACCUUCGAAGAGGCGGUGCGUCAGCACUUUGCACGACUCGGAGUGCAGGGCGUGAAUGCUGUGCUGCUGACCCACGGACAUGCAGAUGCCAUCUUGGGCCUCGACUCCCUGCGGGAGGUGCAGCUCGCGAGGGAGCCGCCGAGUCAAUGGAAGCUGAAGGCGAAGACGCCGAUCAUCGCCACCAAUGACACGGUGAAGGAGGUGUGGUCCCACUUCCACUACCUGCUGCCCGAGAACAGCGGGGAGCCCACGCUCCGGCGCCGCACCUCGUGCUCCCGGAGUGUCUCGGGCCUGUCGCCAAUGAGGGUCACAGACUUUCAGAACUUCCAGGCCAUCCCAGGACUGCAGGUCCAGACGGUGCCCGUGCUGCACGGUGGCACCUACGAGAGCAGCGGCUUCCGCUUCGGCGCGCGGGGGGAGUUCGUCUAUCUGUCCGCCACCCGUCCCGUCCAAUUCGAAAGCGCCAUGGAGCAUCGCAUAGAUGUGCGGGUGACAACGCUGUCUGGGCGCGAGUUGCUGUUCACCCUGGACGCCCACGACUCCGUGGCCUCCCUGCGCUUUGCGGCGGCGAGGCAGCUGGGCGUCGAAGCCUGGCAGCUGCGGCUGGUGAAGAGCGGGGAGGUGCUGGGCGGAUACCUGCUGGAUCUGCUGGAGGGCGAGUCGUGUUUGGACCUCAUGGCAAUCACGGUGCAGAAGAAUCCGGAGGUACAAAGGCGCAGCCGUACCAUGUUCGAGGCCCUCCGCAGCCGGUACUUCCGGCAGCGCAAGAUGAACCUCUUCUGCGUAGAGUGUCAGUAUCUGAGUGGCGCGAAGUUCCUGGAGCGCUUUAAAGAGCCCAUCCUCUCUGGAGACGUGCUCUUCCAAAUCCAGGAGUACAGCUUGCUGGAGCUGGCGGUGGACAACAUGAGCAGCCAGGAUGCCGACGCGGCGGUGAAGCUGAUGAGCGCCGGGGGCGCCUGCGUGAACGCGCCCUCCCGAGGCCGUUGGACGCCUUUGCUCACCGCCUGCUGCCGGGGUCUGGCGCGUGCGGCGGCUUCUCUGCGCGCCCGCGGCGCCAGGGAGACGAACCAUGAGCUGCCGGCGGCUUUGAAGUUCUUCGAGGCAUGCGUGGAGCACAGGGCCGAGCCACGGGAAGAGGACGUUGACCUGGCCAAGCUCUGCGUGGAGCUGCGCGACCUUGAGAUCUCCAAGCUCCAGGAGCGCCGUCCGGUGGCCCGCGCUCGGCUCCUGCUGUCCCGGGCGGCCACGGAGAUGGCGCUGCUGGCGCCCGGGGGAUCGAAGCUCUGCAAGAAGGAUGUGGUGUCCAGGUGUGCGGAGGGCCUUAGUGAGCUGGGCGUAGACGAGCUUUCGCACGGAUUGUGGGUCGGCUGGCCGGUAGCCUUCCUCACCUUCAGGACCUCCGAAAUCUCAGAGGACCCAAACACUUGGGACCGCGGCUUUGUGAGCGCCAGAUCCAGGCUCCUUCUGUACUGGCGGAGCUUAUGCAAGGGCCCUGAAGUGGCGCCGGCAACCGUCAACUACGGCGACGUGGAGACCAGCAGCUUCUACACCAACUCCAUGUGUUACUGCGAGCUGUGCUUCCCUGAAUGCCGACCUUCAGGUGAUGGGCUCUGGAUGGAGGAGUACGAGGUCUACAAGCUGCAAAAUCGCAAGUGGGAAACCGCCAGACGGAACCAUCGAGCCUGUCGCCGCGGGCCGGUGCCCGGCUCUGGCCGGAUCUCCUUCUCCAGCAGACUGGCCAAGAAAAUGCCGGCGGCGUAUCGCAGCUUUCACGUGGAGCAGAGCCUCCUGGGGCGGAAGACGAAAGCCAAGGGUGCGAUUCUGAGGGAGGAAUUGGAGAUGGAAGUGCUUGGGCUUUGAUUUGCUCUGCAAGUCACGGAACCAAACAGGAGGAUCCUCCCAAUGGAGUUUCCUUUGUUUCUGUUUGGUUCCAUGAAUCUCUUUUCAGCGUUAGGAACUGGACAUGUCCAACUUUCAAGGUCCUGCCCGACCUUCGCGCGGGUAGCUGUACAGGUUGCUGAUGUUUACCUUGUUUAAGGAUGGACCUAGUGGUUCAGCACCGAACUCCCUUUUUGGUGCCAACCACGAAUGGUCCUCCAGGCAACUGGGUCAGAGAUUUGUACAGUGCAGAGAUCUGGCGCAUCGGAAAGAUCCUUGCUCCUUUUCCUGUGAGUUCUGUCCAAAGCGAAUCGACCUGAGCUCACCUUUCUGGUUUCC